UAAAAUAUAUUCUAAGUUCCAGCAUUACGCAAAGAUGAUUUUUUUCCCUUCAAUUUUAGAGGCUAUAAAAUUGUUUAGUUGUGAAGUAUUUUCUGUAUUGUUACUGGUAGGUAGUGAAUGCAGUGUCUUGAGGAAAGCAAAUAGUUUUUCAUGUUAUUGAAUGGUAAGAUACAUUUUUUUAAAUACAGAAUAAACAAAAUAAUAUUUGAAAUUUUAGAGUAUAAACGUAAUAAUUUCAAAUGUAAGUUAAAAAUAUCUUGGAGGCUUCAGUUCUUUGCCCCCAAAUCCCCUCUAUUUUUCCCAUCAAUUGUACCUGCUUGUUCCGUUUCUGGUCAGAGAGAAUGCUUUGCGAGCAGGCAGAUGAAGAGGAGGAUCAAAAAAUUGCUUCAAAACCAAAGUUGAAAACAAAAGCAAAAUUUCUCAAGCCAAAAGUGUUGUUAAAUUCAGCUACGGGUGCAACUGCGAAACAGCAAAAGAGAAGAAGGGUGGCUGAUAAGCAGCAGACAGAAGAACGGUGUUUGUUGGAAAACUUGCCUGUCAGCUGCACUAUUCAGGUGCUGACAUCUCUUUUUAAGAAAUACGGACGAAUCCAAUCCAUUCGCUUCCGGUCUCUGAUUCCAGCAGAAGAUACCGUGUCCAAAAAGGUAGCAGCAAUCAAGCAUAAGGUGCACCCGAAUGCAAAGUCUGUCAAUGCUUAUGUGGUCUUUAAGGAAGAAUGUGAUGCCCAGAACGCUCUGAAGGAGAAUGGAACAGAAAUUGCCAGUGGAUUUCACAUCAGAGUUGACACUGCAUCUAAAACCAGUUUGCAUGACAAUAAACGAUCUGUAUUCGUGGGAAAUCUGUCAUAUGACAUCCGCGAUGACGCCGUGCGGGAGCACUUCCAGGUCUGCGGAGACAUCGUGGGAGUGCGAGUGGUGAGAGACAGGAGGACGGGCUUGGGGAAAGGCUUCGGCUACGUCCUCUUUGAGAACACAGAUGCUGUACAUCUUGCUCUGAAACUCAACAACUCCGUUCUGAUGGGAAGGAAGAUACGAGUGCAGCAUAUAGAGGACAAGAGGAAAGAACAGAAAAGUCUGGGCCAGUCUCACGCUCCCAAGGGCAGAGGUGAUAAGAAGAAGAAAAAAGAAAAGAGCUGCUCUAACGAUUCUUUUGUUGGUGAAAAGGCAAACCCAUUAAAGAAGAGCAUAAAACCAAAAAGACCAAAAACUACUCCUAAGAGUAAAGCUGGGAAAAACAAACAGUCCUUUAAUAAAAAACAAUCCCGUAAAAAUGCUGAUUAGUGUUACGAAGAUGGAUAUGUAUGAGAGUGGUUUUUUUUAUGUGAGAGUGUCAUAAAUUUUGUUUGCUGAUA